GUCACGUGUGUCACUUUUGACCAGGAAAGGAGCACCGGCCGCAGGGUCUUCUGGUAGUGGGAGCACCACCUCCGCACAGGCACCUCGUACCAGUGGAGUCUGGUCUCUGCAGUCCCCAACUCUCCCCCUCGCGUCGCGGCGGUUUUGUUGCUGAUAAUCUUUUUUUUAGUGUAAACUGAGGGGGACACUCGCGGUCCUGAUAGAGGCGGCACGAUGACAGCUGUCGAAACCCAAAUGACAUACAGCAACUCCUACACUAUCCACCAUGAAGAUGCGUACAUGACCCAAGAGGAAGACUGGGACAGGGACCUGUUGCUAGACCCAGCCUGGGAGAAACAGCAGAGGAAGACCUUCACGGCGUGGUGUAACUCCCACUUGAGGAAAGCUGGGACACAGAUUGAGAACAUUGAGGAGGACUUCAGGAAUGGCCUCAAGCUCAUGCUGCUGCUGGAGGUCAUCUCAGGUGAGAGGCUGCCCAAACCCGACAAAGGCAAGAUGCGUUUCCAUAAGAUCGCCAACGUCAACAAAGCUCUGGACUUCAUCUGCAGCAAAGGAGUCAAACUGGUGUCCAUCGGAGCAGAGGAAAUUGUUGAUGGUAACGUGAAGAUGACCCUUGGUAUGAUCUGGACCAUCAUCCUGCGUUUCGCCAUCCAGGACAUCUCUGUGGAAGAAACCUCUGCUAAGGAGGGUCUACUGCUCUGGUGCCAGAGGAAGACUGCCCCCUACAGGAAUGUCAAUGUGCAGAACUUCCACAUCAGUUGGAAGGAUGGCUUGGCUCUGUGUGCCCUCAUCCACAGACACAGACCUGACCUCAUCGACUACUCCAAACUGAGAAAGGACGACCCCAUUGGAAACCUGAACACUGCUUUCGAAGUGGCUGAGAAAUUCCUGGACAUCCCAAAAAUGCUUGAUGCUGAAGAUAUUGUGAAUACACCCAAACCUGAUGAGAAGGCCAUCAUGACCUAUGUGUCCUGCUUCUACCACGCCUUCGCUGGAGCUGAGCAGGCUGAGACCGCUGCCAACCGUAUCUGCAAAGUGCUGGCUGUGAACCAGGAGAAUGAGAAGCUGAUGGAGGAGUACGAGAAACUGGCCAGUGAGCUUCUGGAAUGGAUCCGCCGUACCAUCCCAUGGCUUGAGAACCGUGUGGCUGAGCAGACCAUGAGGGCCAUGCAGCAGAAGCUGGAGGACUUCAGAGACUAUCGCCGUAUCCACAAACCCCCACGUGUCCAGGAGAAGUGCCAGCUUGAGAUCAACUUCAACACCCUGCAGACCAAGCUCAGGCUGAGCAACAGGCCUGCUUUCAUGCCCUCUGAAGGAAAGAUGGUGUCGGACAUUGCUAAUGCCUGGAAGGGGCUGGAGCAGGUGGAGAAGGGCUAUGAGGAGUGGCUGCUGACGGAGAUCCGCCGUCUGGAGAGACUGGACCAUCUGGCUGAGAAGUUCAAGCAGAAGUGUGCCAUGCACGAGUCCUGGACCUCAGGUAAGGAGGAGCUGCUGUCUCAGAAGGACUUUGAGUCUGCGUCUCUGAUGGAGAUCCGUGCUCUGAUGAGGAAACAUGAGGCGUUUGAGAGUGACCUCGCCGCACACCAGGACCGCGUGGAGCAGAUCGCCGCCAUCGCCCAGGAGCUCAAUGAGCUGGACUACCACGAUGCUGCCUCAGUGAACGCUCGCUGCCAGGGCAUCUGUGACCAGUGGGACAACCUGGGCACCCUGACCCAGAAGAGGAGGGACUCUCUGGAGCGUGUGGAGAAGCUGUGGGAGACCAUUGACCAGCUGUACCUGGAGUUUGCAAAGAGAGCCGCUCCUUUCAACAACUGGAUGGACGGAGCCAUGGAGGACCUGCAGGACAUGUUCAUCGUCCACAGCAUCGAGGAGAUCCAGAGCUUGAUCACAGCCCAUGACCAGUUCAAAGCCACUCUCCCUGAGGCCGAUAAGGAGCGCAUGGCCACAAUAGGAAUCCACAAUGAAAUCCUGAAGAUUGCCCAGACCUACGGUAUCAAACUGACCGGCAUCAACCCCUACACCAACCUCAGCCCACAGGACAUCGGCAACAAGUGGGACACGGUGAAGCACCUGGUGCCCCUCAGAGACCAAAUGCUACAGGAGGAGGUGGCCAGACAGCAGGCCAAUGAGAGGCUUAGGCGCCAGUUCGCUGCUCAGGCCAACAUCAUUGGACCCUGGAUCCAGACUAAGAUGGAGGAGAUCAGCCAUGUGUCUGUGGACAUCGCCGGGUCUCUGGAGGAACAGAUGAACAGCCUGAAGCAGUACGAGCAGAACAUCAUCAACUACAAAUCCAACAUCGACAAACUGGAGGGAGACCACCAGCUCAGCCAGGAGUCCCUCAUCUUCGACAACAAGCACACCAACUACUCCAUGGAGCACAUCCGCGUGGGCUGGGAGCAGCUGCUCACCACCAUCGCCAGAACCAUCAAUGAGGUUGAGAACCAGAUCCUGACACGCGACGCUAAGGGCAUCAGCCAGGAGCAGCUCAAUGAGUUCAGAGCCUCCUUCAACCACUUUGACAGGGUCCGCUCUACCACCUCUUCCAAAUGUAUUAUGUAUUGUUAUUUUAUUGUAACUGUUGUAAACUUCUGUAAUUUUCCUUCGCAGAAGAGGAAUGGCAUGAUGGACCCAGACGACUUCCGCGCCUGCCUCAUCUCCAUGGGCUACGAUCUGGGUGAGGUGGAGUUCGCUCGUAUCAUGACCCUCGUCGACCCCAACAACACUGGAGUGGUGACCUUCCAAGCCUUUAUCGACUUCAUGACCCGCGAGACCGCCGAGACCGACACCGCAGAGCAAGUCAUGGCCUCCUUCAAGAUCCUGGCCUCAGACAAGAACUACAUCACAGUGGAGGAGCUGCGCAGGGAGCUGCCUCCGGAGCAGGCCGAGUACUGCAUCAGCCGCAUGACCCGGUACAUCGGCCCAGAUGGACCCCCCGGAGCCCUGGACUACAUCUCCUUCUCCAGCGCCCUCUAUGGGGAGAGCGACUUAUAAACCCCCCCCCCCCUCUCAUUUCUCCUUUUGGAGAGCCAUUGUAACCCUACUGUCCUCCUAUAUGCUUUGUUUAUCAUCUCUUCUCUUCAAAUCUUAACUCUCCGCCCAUUAGCCCUCUAUCACCCCCUACUGUCCAGAGAGGGGGCAACCAGGGCUUUGCUCAAAUCUGUAGUUUAAUUGGACUGUCCAGCACUCACUGUAGUGCCGCGUGUUUAUGUAAUCCACGUACAUAUGAAGCUAACGCUAAAAGAGGCACUGAGUGCACAUGAGGAUUUUGGCAAAGCCUGAGCCUGCCCUUUCUCUGGCAGACAUUCUGUAGAAGGGUAAUUAUAGAGGAACUAUGAUAAACAGCUGAUUGGUCAGUUGGCUUGGUUCGUUGUGAAUUUGUGCGGAUGCAUGCAAUGUUAAAGAAUGCUGUCUAUGACUGCCUUAUCUAUAAACCCAUCUAAACCACAGGAACUCCAGUUAGCAAUUGAGCUAAAGAAGCUAAACUACUGCACUGUGACACCUAAAGUUAGCACUAUUAACUUAAAGCCUUAAGACGCUCAGGGUCAACGGGAGGGGAACCAGAGCACCGAAACAACCGGAUAUGAGACAGCAAAGCACACUGGGUAAUUAAAACUAUGGGGCCAUGUUUAGUAAGGACUGAGGAAGAGACGCAGGAAGAUGAGCAGAUUUGGCCAAAGAGAGUUAUCCCACCGCCACCUGCCCUGCGCCCCCUACAGGCGGCUCGGGGUAGAGCGCUGCACCUCGCCAGGGGAGAGAAAGUUACUGUGACACAAGAAUCUGUACGUGGGACCAGUGCGGGCCUAUGGAAGAAGACUUUAGGGUUUGGUCCUGAUGUAGUUUUAGUUCACAAACUGUGACUGUGCUCUGUUCUCCUCCAACUCACUCUGUCAUCACAAAAUCACUUACAUUGAAUAUGAAAAAGUUGGAAUAAAAAAGGGAAAUUAUAUUAUUA